UACUUAGAAAGUUACCAACCGGUUCUCCCGAAUAAGUGUGAACUGGCUGAAUCCCACCACUGCUCUUUAUGCUGAGAGCCGUGAGCCGUGUUUGGCAAUUGGCUGUUUUUCCUUCUGGAUCCAUUUUCUAGCCGGCUGCUCCCAGGACCCGCAUGGAUCCCAUGGAGUGGUUUUAACUUCUUUGAGGGGUGCUGAUUUUGUCCUGGGGAAUCUCUGUCGGAGUAGACAGAGUUAUAUCAUGGGAGCAUUUUUGUAGUGCCCUGUAGUAAGUAAGGGUAGCAUUUGGUGGCUCCUUUAAGGCCACUGGAUGGUUUUAUGGGAAUGUCAGUCAGUCGUCUUGAUUGAUAGUCGAACAGAAAACAAUAACCUAAUCAUGGAAAUAUCAAGGAGAAACUCCCCCCCCCCCCAACCCUGGCAAAGCAAAUUGCUAUACAUAUAUAGGGGGAAACCCACACUCCCUUGCACUGAUGUUGCUAUCUAGUCAGGUAAUGAAAUGUCUGCAAGCAAACCAUGAAGCUCAGAGAGCACCACAGUUACACCCUCAUCUGAAUAACAGUCCUGAACUCUUCUGUUGGAACUUGUUUUGUCCUAAAUUAUGCUUUCUACAUUUUAUUUUAACAGCCAAGGCCUGGCUUCUGCAUGGAGGCAAACAAUAUGUUGACCUUAUGACACAGAAGCUUUGGUUUCUAACUGUUCAAUAUUUUAUGUAAUGAAGUGAAAGUACACUGCUAACAGUAUCUCUUAAGCAAGGUUUAAUGGCAAAUUAAAAUGCAUAUGAUAAGGAGGAGCUGUAUUGUUUUUUUAAAGUAGAGUAAGGAAAUCUGAUAUAUGUAUAUAAAGAAGAAAAGCACUAGGUAAAAAUUCUGUAUAAAGAUGAAAGGAUGGAAAGAAAUAAUCCAGUAGCUGCCUUAAAAUAGGAAUGAUUAAAAAUACCUACAUUUCUGGCAAGUCUUUCUCUUUUUCUGUGCAAAGGAAUUGGUUAGGAACUUGCAGACUUCCACUUACACGAAAUAUGUCUGAACUUCCACACCUUUGCACGUAUUUGGAUCAAAUGGAUCUCAUCUAUGAGCCAAUGAAGGAUGCUUUAAAAAGAUUUCUAAACCCGAAGAUGCCCACAGAUUCCCUGAUAAAAAAUGCAGAGUGGGCAGCAGAAAUAACAGCUUUUUCCCUCCAUCAUAUUGUCAAAGUCUAUGUAGGAAGUCACUGGUAUGCCACCUAUUUGCAAACGUUAUUAAAGUUUCCAGAGUUGUUGUCAAAUUGCAAAAAGGUAUAUUGGAUUGCUUAUGGCCAGAGUCUCCUCAUUCAUGGAGAUGGAAAAAUGUUUCGACAUGUUCUCAACUUCUUAAGACUUGGCAAGUUGUAUUUACCAUCUGAAUUUAA